AUGUCUGGGCACGCCUCGCAUCAUGGGCCCGGCGCAGACCACGCCCAUGGACCGCAUAUGGACGAUCUGGAUAGGAAUAGAGGGACUUCUUUGUCGAACGUGCUGUCCAGCACCAACGCAAAACUUGCAACCAUCUCUUUUCAGCCGCGGAGCGCGCCGUUGGGUCCCAGCAGCGCAGCGACGGACCCUGUAUGGGAGCCUUCAAUGUCGUCGCGGCUUGCCGAGGCCCCCGUAUUCGUUCCGCGAAGUGCCUCUACGCUUCCCGACGAGCCCUCGGUGCUUUCUCCGCCGCCCGCGGCGCUGUCGUCUGCCGAGUUCGACGCGCCGAUUGCGCGCGACGAAGAGCGCACGCAAGCCGUGCGUCACCCGCUGCAGUACCACCUGUAUGCGCCGCCGUUUCCGCAUGUCAGCAACUUUCAUCCCGCGCACCUCGCAGCCAUGACCUUUUUUAUGGACCCAGCGCUGCAAGAGACGCUGCAGCGCAAGCAGGAAGCGCUGCACGCUGCCGCAGUCCCGCCCGAAUUGGGCGGCCCCGAGAAGCUGCCCGAUGCGCUGCACGUCUACCACAGUCUUGUUCCGCUUGAGCCGGGGGAUGGCAUGCUGCCGCCCGGUCUUUCUAAUCCGCGCUUCGCAGGGCCGAGCACCACGCACGGACUCACGGGCGCAUCCGGGGAUCCCAGCCGGGUGUUUGGGUACAGAACGGCAACGUACAAGGCUACGUGUGUGCUCGAUGGAAAAUGCUACCUCCUCCGCCGGCUCGAGGGGUUCCAGCUGCAGCACGAUGCGGCGAUCGCAACGGUCGAGCGCUGGCGCAAGAUCCGGCACCCAAGCAUCGUCGCAGUGCGCGAGGCAUUCACGACACGCGCAUUUGGAGACGCGUCCAUUGUUUUUGUGUACGAUUACCACCCACUCGCAACGACGCUCUACAUGGAACACAUGACUGUCAAGCCGCUCCAGCCCGACCAGCGCACGGGGCGGCUCCAGCCCGUCUCGAUGCACGUUCCCGAGCGUGUCGUGUGGAGCUAUGCGUGCCAGCUUGGCGCUCUUUUGCGCGUCGUCCACGGCGCUGGACUUGCCGCGCGGAGUAUCGAGCCGAGCAAAGUGCUGCGCACCGCACAGCAUCGUAUCCGGCUUGCAGGGUGCGCCAUCUUUGACGUGGUGCUCUACCAGCCGAAGCCGCCCCCAGACACACUCUUGCAGUACCAGCGCGAGGAUUUCGUCGCGCUCGGCAAGCUUUUGCUGUGUGUUGCGUGCAACUCGGUGGCUGCUGCGCAUACCCCCGACGCAAGCUUCGAGACGCUGAGCAAGAGGAAAUACAGCUCGGCGCUGGAGACGAUGCUGGCGCGGCUGAUGCAGACAAAUGCACACGAGCCAUUUACUGCAGACACCUUGAUCCAGUUCCUUGCGCCGUACAUGGCCGACGAGUUCGCCGGCGCGCUGAACUUGGGCGACCUGCUUGAGGCGUCGCUCAUGCGCGAGCUCGAGAAUGGACGGCUCGUGCGCCUGCUGUGCAAGCUGAACGUGCUUGGCGAACGGCACGAGUACGAGCAGGAUGCAGCGUGGUCCGAGACGGGCGACCGAUACGUGCUCAUGCUGUUCCACGAUAUGGUGUUCCACACGGUCGACGAAAACGGGCGUGCAACACCCGACCUGAGCCAUAUCCUGACGCAGCUGAAUAAGCUCGACGCGGGCAUCGACGAGCGGAUCAUGCUGACGAGCCGCGACGAGCUUACUUGCCUUGUCGUGACGUACGCAGAGGUAAAGCGAUGCAUGGAGGCUGCGUACCGCGCGCUGACCGACGCAUAG